AUGACGGCUACUGCCAUUCCGUGCACAUCGCCCGUUUUGGCAUCGUCCGAGCGAUGCCGUUUCGGUGCUCUUGGUUCUACUAGCUGUACACAGAACGUAAUGGCCGCAGCAGCUGCUGCAGCUGCAUCCAUAUUAUUUGGCGGUGCUGUGCGAGGUGCACACAGUGCAGCAGCAUCCGAUAUUGGUUUGGCUGCUGCUGCUGAUGAUGAUGAUGAAGCANUAGAUGCCACGGUAGCAACAACAACAACAACAGCAGCAGCAGCAACAACGAAUCCUUCGGUUUCAGUUUCAUGCACAUCUUCGCUAGCUGAUGCAGAGCCAAGCGUUUGGUAG